GCUCGAAUCGAAGAAACAGGCAGCUGCUGUGGUGGGUUGCAGAGUCCUAUAAAGAGGCUCUUUACAGGGCUCUGGUGUGUUGUGGUCGACUGUCCCUCGUCUUGCAGAUUCUUCAUUUGUGGAGAGUCCUCCUAAUCCUAUAACCAUGGCCAAGGACAUAACUCUGCUGUGGGGCUCCGGUUCUCCUCCCUGCUGGAGGGUCAUGAUCGCUCUGGAGGAGAAGAACCUUCAGGGGUACAACAGCAAACUGCUGUCUUUCGACAAAAUGGAGCACAAGUCCCAAGAAGUGUUGGAUAUAAAUCCUCGAGGGCAGCUUCAGUCCUCUUCUAUGAUUGGUACGUCCCUAAAGAGGAACGGCACGACUCUGCCCUGAAGAGAAACAAGGAAAACCUGGUCACUGAACUCGGCCUGUGGGAGGGUUACCUGCAGAAGCUGGGCUCGGGCUCUCACCUGGCAGGACCGUCUUUCACCCUGGCAGAUGUGGUCGUUUUUCCAACCGUUGCUUUUCUCUUCAGAUUUGGGCUGUCUGCAGAGCGCUACCCUAAACUGGGAGAGUAUCACGCCCGGCUGAAGGACAGACCGAGCAUGAAAGCCAGCUGGCCCCCUCAUUGGCUGGAAAACCCCGAGGGACAAGACGUGCUGAAAGACAUGUGAAACUGACACAUCUGCACCAAAUAUCUGUCUUUCUCUAUAAAACAUGCAAAACCAGUUGUUAAAAUAGAUUCAGCCUCAGUUUCUAAUCAAAAAAUGCUAACAUAGUUUUCUGCAGACUAACACCCUGAGGCCUUACUUCCUUCAGUGUUGGCAAGUGUCCCGUGAUGACUGCAGCUGAUUUCACUGUGUUGAAAUCUCAACAGAUUUCUGUAAUCACACCACCUGCAGCGUUGAAAGCCUUCUCGGCGCCUUCGGUAGUUUUUGUUUCAGUUGGUGUCAACAUUCCCUUCGCCCCAGUUAAACGCUGCGUAGUAAAAUGUUGUCGGUGCCAUCAUUUUAGAACUGACCAGAUAUAUCCAGUUCGAGGUGUUCAAAGUUCACCUGGAAGAGGUAAAGACAGGUUUGUCUUUCAAUAGCUAAUCUGUGUUUUAUCUUUUUAAAUGCCUGAAACCCAUUCUCUCUGCACAAAGGUAGCUCGUGUCCUGUAUGGUCAUGACUUUGCAUAAAUCUCAGUCCACAGAGUUGCUUCCUUUGCAUAGUCUUUGCAUUUCAUGUUGCGUGCAGCCACACAGCUGGAAGCUGCAU